CGUUUUUAAAAUAAAAACAGUCCAUACACACAUUUAGCAAAACGUCUCGCCCGUAAGAAAAGCAAAAAGGGUCAACUUUUCAUUUUGCAAAACAAAAUGGCCGAUGCUUCGAGAAAGGUGUAAGGUGUGUCUCGGGAGUGAAAAACAAGUAUCUUCUGGGAAUAUCUGAACUUCAGUGAAAGUUAUCGUGUUAUAAUAUUACUGCGGCGCCGGGCGUAUCGUCAGCCCCGCCGCGUGGCAACGCCCGCGUCUGCUUCGGGGCUUCGCCCCUCGCGUCUCGUCGCGCGCGUUUGGAGCCCUCGCUCCUUAUAAACCGCUAUCGGAGUAUUAAAGGAUGUCUUCCCGUCGCAAUGGGUCGGUGUCGCGUGCGGCGGAGACAGCCUCCAAGAAUCGGCUGCAUAUGGAUCGCAAUCCUCAACAUUCACGGAUGACUGAUCCAUCAAAUCCAGCUGGUAGACGGAAAGAAAUCGACAAUGUGAUGAAGAGAGCGCGCCAGGCCUCGCCCGGCAGCUGGGAUAGGAAACUUCUAGAAGUUGAGGAGAAGGAUCCCAAUAGAUGGCGUCACACAGGGUACAAGCAGCUGUACCUAGAUGGUGCAGGCUCCGUGUCCCCGCGCCGCUCGCGCUCCCCGCCGCCGCGGCGAUCCAGAUCACCAAUACCGGGUCGUCGUUCCCGGACUCCGGUCCCGCGGCGCUCCCGCUCACCUCGGCGAAGCCCCCGCAAGUCUCGCUCGCGCUCCCCGCGGCGCAGCCCCCGCAGGUCUCCGAGGCGAAGCCCUAUCAGACGCAGUCCGGUGCGCAGUCCCCGGCGUCGAGUGAGCCCCCGGCGCAGGCCUAGGCCUCCGCCCCCGCCGCCGCGCGGCGCGCGCCCGCCCUCCCCGCCAGAUCCCAGAAAAUCAUCACCAUCAGGGUCGUCAGGGAGCAGCUGUUCCGAUGAAUCCUGCUCCGUGUGCUCCGCAAAGAACAAGAAGACAGCACCACCACAGAAACCGGUGAAACCAGGAUCGAAGUCCCCGCCUCGUCCGGUGGCGAAGCGCCCUGUUGUGGGCGCAGCGCCCCGCGCGGUUCAGCCAACGAGGGAACUGCUCAAAGCAAGGGAGGCCAGCAAGAGGACCAGGGAGGAGAAGGUGUUGGAAUGGCAGCGCACACAAAUGGAUGUGGUCGGAAUAAAACGCGAGGGCGAACGCCGGCGACCACGCCCGGAGCGCCCGGAGCGCCCUGAACGACCCGCACGCGAGGGCGGAGUCUCCCCCUCAGCCAUCGCAGCAGCACUAGCAGACUCCUCCUCCGACUCAGAGUCAGAAAGAAGUGCCUCUCCAGCACCACAACGGCUGACAUUAUCUGAACGCUUCGGGAAAAUGGCACAAUGGUCUCUAGAUAGAUCGGCUCGGCUUGAAAAUAUGCGGAUAACAAGAAGAGAAGCUACCCUACAUGUAAGGAUAGAAGGUGCCCGCACCCCUUCUCCUGCCCCCGCAGCACCCGUUGCCCCUGUAGGCAGUUACCCUACCGAUCUAGAAGCACCCGCGGGAUUACCCGCCUGGGAUGACGUCAGAGUGAGAUACGAACAUUAUAAAAGAAGAGGUUAUCUAAGAGGCCUCUCGUUACCGGAUUAUGUGAAGUGGGAGGAAUGGUGGUAUAAAUACCAGGAGUGGUUGAAGCGGGAGCAGGCGUAUGAGAGGUGGGCGGAGGGCGAAGUCCCCACGCGGCGGGAGCGCCGACGCCGGGGCGGCCGCCACCGCCGCAGCUGAGGGCGCGCCGCCCCCGCAGCUGUGCUGGCUGUUGAUCUUGCACAUAGCGCUGCUGGGGGCUCCGCUUAGGGCUCUAAUGAGCUAACGGACAUUAUAGUGUAGUGUACAAGUGUAAAUAAGUGCAGUUGGGGAAUAUAAGUGCUUGAAAAAAUACAGACAAUUCACCUUUUGGUAGUUUUGGUAUUGUGUUUACAGUAAAAUACUAAAAAAAAUGCAUUUCUAUAUAAAAUUUAAAUUUGUAUUGACAAUGUCGUGUCGCCAUAAUAGAUAAAACUUGCUUCAACCAAUAGCAUUGCUUGAACUUGGUAUGUAAAUUUAAAAAAAAGAUAAUUAAUUUCGCUACUAAAUCACGUUUUAUAAAAAAAUCUAUCCAAAUAUGUUUU